UAGUGAAUAAACAGGCGCAGUACAUCGUCGUCCUAACUAAUCAACAACCACGGAAGACGAGCAGGCCUGAAAACAUGAGUGAAGCUCCUUCCGAAUACGGAACGCAUCUUCCAACUACAACUUUAAUCCAUGGCCAUGGAGGUCUCUUACAGAUGCUUCACCGAGACAUCCUUUUCCAGAUUCUGGUUCGACUUGGCGCUAAAUCUCGGGGAAAGCUAAGCUGCGUUUCUAAAUGUUUCCGUUCCAUAUCGACCGAUCCAAGUUUCGCUGAGUUUCAGAGAAAUUGGUCAGCGGCUCGUAACCACGGCACAACCAUUCUCUUCUCUAUUCAGACUUGGUUUAUGCCGGUUCAUGAUCACCCAUUAAUCAGGUGUCCCGUAUCCAAUCCCAUGUCAGAGCAGUUUUACACCAUAAUUUAUGAACAAAAUCAAGCCGGAAAGCUCCUUCAGGCAAAAAUUGUUUGCAAUUCGAACAAGGGAUGGUUCGAAUAUGGCAGUUGUGUUUCUUUUGCCAAAGAUCAAACAUGUUUCUUCAACAAGCAUUCAGAAUGGAUUGUUGUUAACCUUAUAACAGGACAACAUACUACUCUCCCGCCAACUCCGUCCAGCAGCAGGCAUUCUUGUGCACUCUUGGGUUACGACGGCGUUUCGGGAACAUACAAGGUUUUGAAGGCAGAAACAAAGAGGACAGUGAAGUAUUGGGUGUUCACACUGGGCGUGGAUGAAAUGUGGCGGAGGAUUAGGAGCCCUUUAUUGUUUUACAUUAUCAGAUAUUUCACAAAUAGUGUUUGCAUAGACGGUGUGAUCUAUUCCUACAAUGAGAUGUCUUCCCCCGGCAGAUGCUCCAAGCUGGUGGCAUUCGACAUUAGGUCUGAGAGUUUCCACUCGAUAGCUCUUCCAGCCACAUACGAAUCCUUCGGAAGGACCUCGUGGGUAGAGUUGGACGGGCGGUUUGCUGUCAUGUAUGUCCACCAGAACAAGCAGGUUAUCGCUUGGAGCUUGGAGACCGCAGCGAAAUCCCCAUCUAGCUGGAAGAAGCAGGCUUUCCCCUUUCCAUCGGAGGCAAGCAGUGUUCCCCAGACUUUUAUUACUGCUACUCCAGCUGGGGAAAUCGUAUUGUUAGUGCUGAAGGGAACUCUUUCUCUUUGGGUUUUGUUGGAUAAGUUUGGGACAAACCCCGUUUGGAAGGAAUUUCGAGUUAGGGGGCUUGCUGACUUUACUCCCCGUAUUUGCAAAUCAUCCGAAGUUGCCUUUGCUCAAAACAUUGCCGGGAAUCUCUUGCAAUUGGAAUAAUCUUGUGGGCAAAUGCCAUACUAGCCUGGUCUUCCUCUCCAGCUUACCAUUUCAUUUCAUCACUAUCAUCUCUUACCAUUGUCUCAAUCUUUCAUUUACUUUUCAUCUACUUAGCUAUUAAAUUAGACAGUGAAAUGGAAUAUUCAUCAUGUCUAAAAGUAUAGUUCACUGUACCCAAUUUCUUAGGGAUUUAAUUGGGAUUAAUUACAAUUUAAUUGGUUGGUUUCUUUUGUUAGUGUUACAAUUAGUUUGGUGCAUUAUCACUCUGUAUUGGUGUGUGAUGUUUACAUUCGUUAAAAUCUUUGAGUGAUACAACUAGGCAAGUGCUUUGCAUUUUCUCUGAUUCAUGACUGCAUCUGUAUGAUACAAAAACAUGGAGUAGUAUAUAAACCGUCUUUGGGAAUUUUA